AUGGGCCACCUGCUUCAUUGUCAGCACAUAGAUACCUCCAUUCUGUUCCAGAACAUCCCUGGAGAUGCUUCAACAUCAGUGGAAGUCUCCCAUAUUGAGACAGGAACUCUGUUUGCUAAAGACCAGGAAAUACAAGGGGAUUUGGAAGAAUCCGGCUAUCUAGAGGGAUCAGAAUAUUCAUUCCAAACAACUACGGAAGAGCUUGCAGAAAAUCAGAAAGAUAUUCAACUUACUUUACAGGAACCCCAGAAUAAAGAUAACAAGAAGCAGCAACAUGAAAAGAUGCAGGGAGCCUUCAGAGAUAUGAUAACAUCAUCUUUCAUCUCAGACAGUAAAACAGAGAGCAUGGAUGCUAAGUGUCAUAUGGCACAUUUGGAUAUGAAGGGAAGAACCAGUGCUUUGCAGUCAGAAGUAUCCACCGAUGCAGAGGAGCUGGAACAGCUCUGUGGCAAGCAGGUCACAGCAGCUGAUAUUGAGCUUGAGAGGAUGAGGUGGGAUUUUGUGCUGGCUAAACUGAAAUAUGAACAUGAGGAUAAUGAAAAGCAAAGGCUUCAUGAAGAGAGAAUGGAGCAGAUUCAUCAACAGGCAGUAAAAAGAUCAUGUAGCCGAGGACUCCGUGAUCUACUCCGGCCCUCAAACCAGUAUGCCUUGUUCCUAUACUGCUUCAUCAUUAUUCAUGUUAUUUAUACAGUAAAGGAGCUGGCCUUCUACUUUUUCCACACCCAUUACCUGUUCUGUUUUGCUAUUGUGCUCUUUUUCAUCCUCAAAAAGAGUUUCCAGGAUUACAAAAAUAAGAAAAAAUGUUCUUAAAAGAGGCAUAAUAUUGCACACUUUUUGCCCCUAUUUUCACUGCUUUUUAUUAUCUUUUCCUCACUACACCAAUCAUACAUGCAGGAUUUCAGUGACUGUUAUAUGCACAGUAGCCUAAUUACGGAAAUCUAACUGAUUUCCUCAAGAAAAUUGUGACUUAAUGACAUCAUUUGGCUUCAUGUGGUCUUACCAACUUAUUUGGCAUC